AUGCGCCGCUUGCAGAAGCGCCCGGGCGGCAUCCACCGGACGAAUCUCUACCGCCGCGGGCGGCGCGGCGGGCGGCAGCUGAGCCAGGACGAGCUGACGUCACGCCUGCUGCAGAGCCCACAACUAGCGGCGGGAAACGCGGCGGGCUGGCCGCUGCUUAGCGCGUGUCUGUCCCCGUUGCCGUUAGCGCGGGAGGAUCGGGAAUGGAUCUGGGCGAAUGGGGAUGAGAUUAAGGAGGGUUUAGGGCUUUUGAUGGCAGAAGAGGGGGAUUGGUGGGAGACAGUGGGAGAGGGUUCAGGGAUGGUGAUGGCAGUGGUGCAUGCAGGUGAGAUGGUGCUUGGUCCCACAGGCGGCAUGGGCGGGUUUGUGCUGGAGCUGGCUCUGGCUGAGAUGCUGCUGCAGGCACGGGAGGGUUCGUGCUGGAGCUGGCUCUGGCUGAAAUGCUGCUGCAGGAAUGUUGCUGCCACGUGUGAUGGAUGGUACAGGAAUGUUGCUGCCACGUGUGAUGGAUGGUACAGGAAUGUUGCUGCCACGUGUGAUGGAUGGUACAGGAAUGUUGCUGCCACGUGUGAUGGAUGGUACAGGAAUGUUGCUGCCACGUGUGAUGGAUGGUACAGGAAUGUUGCUGCCACGUGUGAUGGAUGGUACAGGAAUGUUGCUGCCACGUGUGAUGGAUGGUACAGGAAUGUUGCUGCCACGUGUGAUGGAUGGUACAGGAAUGUUGCUGCCACGUGUGAUGGAUGGGGGCCCUUUGUGUCGGAGCUGGCUCUUGCUGAGAUGCUGCUGCAGGUGAGCUUUGAUGAUGGUGGUGAGAGAAUGGAGCUGGCAGUGCUACCCGCGCGAGCCAGUAGCACCGAGGGCCAGGGAGCUGACCAACAAUCUAGUUUUGAGCCAGUAGCUUCACUGAGGGAGCGGGCCAGGGAGCUGGGCAACAAGCGCCGCCGUCCUCUGCUCUGCUGCUCACUGCUCUCGUCUCUUACUGCUACCCCUCCCUUUCUCCUUGUGUUUCUCUUACCCUCCCAGUUCUACCCCAGGGAGCCGGUUGCCUCGUUGAGAGAGAGGGCAAGGGAGCUAGGCAACAAGCGUCGGGAGCCGGUUGCCUCGUUGAGAGAGAGGGCAAGGGAGCUAGGCAACAAGCGCCGCUUCCCGCUGCUGCUCACUCAGGCCGGGCUGGACCGCCUGGUGUUUCCGGGUGCUCUGCUCAUGCGCGCCCCCACCAACCUCAGGCAGCUUGCUGCCAAGAGUGUCUUCACGUCCCUAAUCACCUCGGCAUACCUCACACGGGGCAUGCCAGAAGUAUACAGGCUGCUGUUUGAGGUGUUCGGAGUGUGUUUACUUCGCUCAUUGCCUCGCCUUUCUCACUUGCUCAUUGCCUCGCCUUUCUCACUCGCUCAUUGCCUCGCCUUUCUCACUCGCUCGUUGCCUCGCCUUUCUCACUCGCUCAUUGCCUCGCCUUUCUCACUCGCUCAUUGCCUCGCCUUUCUCACUCGCCCAUUGCCUCGCCUUUCUCACUCGCCCAUUGCCUCGCCUUUCUCACUCGCUCAUUGCCUCGCCUUUCUCACUCGCUCAUUGCCUCGCCUUUCUCACUCGCUCAUUGCCUCGCCUUUCUCACUCGCUCAUUGCCUCGCCUUUCUCACUCGCUCAUUGCCUCGCCUUUCUCACUCGCUCAUUGCCUCGCCUUUCUCACUCGCUCAUUGCCUCGCCUUUCUCACUCGCCCAUUGCCUCGCCUUUCUCACUCGCUCAUUGCCUCGCCUUUCUCACUCGCCCAUUGCCUCGCCUUUCUCACUCGCUCAUUGCCUCGCCUUUCUCACUCGCUCAUUGCCUCGCCUUUCUCACUCGCUCAUUGCCUCGCCUUUCUCACUCGCUCAUUGCCUCGCCUUUCUCACUCGCUCAUUGCCUCGCCUUUCUCACUCGCUCAUUGCCUCGCCUUUCUCACUCGCUCAUUGCCUCGCCUUUCUCACUCGCCCAUUGCCUCGCCUUUCUCACUCGCUCAUUGCCUCGCCUUUCUCACUCGCUCAUUGCCUCGCCUUUCUCACUCGCUCAUUGCCUCGCCUUUCUCACUCGCUCAUUGCCUCGCCUUUCUCACUCGCGCCAUGCCGGAGGUGUAUCGGCUGCUGUUUGACGUGUUUGGGCUGGACCCCCACCAUCCUGAGAUGCGGCCACUGACGCGCUGUGCCGUACCAUUCACCUCUGUCCGCCCACCCCCCAGGAGUGUCUUCACCUCCCUCAUUGCAUCAGCUUACCUCACUCGCGGCAUGCCGGAGGUGUAUCGGCUGCUGUUUGAGGUGUUCGGUUUGGACCCAGACCAUCCCGAGAUGCGCCCCAAGAUCGAGCGCGUGCGUGACGAGGAUUUCCUGCACGCUGACCUGGACGGCGACCCGCUGACGUGGCGCGACGUGGCAUGCUACCAGUCCCCACCAGAUUCCCUCUUCCCCAACCCUCGUCUCUUCCACGCGUGCGUGCCGCCCGGAAUGUCCCGGUUCCGCGGCUCUGAUUGGAUGCACCGAUCCCUGGAGGCGGCCCUGAGGGCGCUGGCUUGGCCGAGACCAGCCGAGGCUGGCAUGAGCUUGGAGGCGAAGCAGCGGCGGAAUGAAGACAUGGUGAUGGCCCUGCAGGCGGCACUGAGGGCGCCAGCAGAGGCAGGGAUGGGCUUGGAGGCGAAGCAGCGACGCAAUGAAGACAUGGUGAUGGCCCUGCAGCUGUGCUUCCUGCACCCCUCUCUCUACCGUGGGGAGCAUCCCCGCUUCUGCUACGACCGGCUUGAGUACCUGGGGCAGAAGAUUCAGGAUCUGAUAUUGGCAGAGAACCUCCUUCAGUCACACCUCGACGCGCCGAUCCUCUGGCUUGCGGACCGCCAUACCACGCUGCUUCGGAACCGAGCUUGCGGCCGCUACCUCCGAGCCUCGGGCCUGCAUGAUCACGUGGAGCUUUCAGAGGAGUCGAAGCAGUAUUUCUACGCGAAUAAAAAGUUUCAGAAUUUGGUUUCAGGAGCGGUGUUUCAGGCUGUUCACGGGGCGGCUUAUAUCGUGUACGGCAAGCCGGAGGUUCGGCGGUUGAUGUUUGGGAUGUUUGAAAUUGAUGGGGGCACAAUGCAUACCACGUAA